GUCCGGGCUGUUGAGGACCAUAUUGGCCAACUCGCCAAAGUAUUCGACAAACUCAAAAAGUUGCGAGACGACAUGGCCCUGAUGGCGCAGCAGCACCGUGACCAGCUGCAAUAGUUCGCUAAUGUGCAGCCAGCCCAAAGUAUCCUUCCGCCUGCUUACCCUGCUUCUAGUGCUGCGUGUCAGUCCGUUCUUGCCCCUCUGAAUAUGUCUUCUUCUACUUCCUCUUCUUCUUUGAGUGUGACCAACAUCCUAUCUGGAUCUGCAGCAGGUCCAAACCCCGUUGCUGCUGCUGCUGUUGCUGCAGCGACAAGUAGCAGUGCAGGGCAUUCUGGAACAGUUGCACUCCCGAGUUCGAACCCAGCAGCCGCUGGUCCAAGCUGCAACUUUUCCUAUAUGGAUAGAAAGGCAGCCCAAAUUCCGUCUAAGUAUGACGGAAAGGACGACAUCGAAUCUUGGAUCAGCUCCAAGCGAUCCUACUUCGAUGUGCUGGGGACACUCCCAGUUACUCAAUCGUCGGUCCUAGGGACCAAUGUGGAACCCGCUGUGAGAGGAUUCUUGGAAAUCCAAGUUGUACAAGCAGGCUAUAAAAGGAUAGACCUGAACAAAUGGUUGAAGGCUACGCCCGUAGCCACACUCGAAGAGCUCUUGAUCAAACAGUAUGCUGAUCCACAUGCUGCAGCCAAGGCUAGACUCAAGCUUGACAAUCUCAAGCACAGCAAGUGGACCGGCACCAUGUACAACCUGCAGCAGUAUGUUAGUAAGCUCUUUGCUACUCCGGAUCUGGAGAUGACUGCGCAGUCCUGUCUGGAUGUGAUAAAAGGUGCGGUCCCCUCUACUAUAAAAGAUCGCAUAGGGCUCGGACUCAACGCAUAUACAGAUUGGCUAACCCUCGUGCGGGACUUAGUCAAGCUGGAGGCACAAGACCUCCCGGGUGGAUCAAGUGGCAAAAACACCACCGGCCGCAAACGGUUUCCAGGCAGCAACCGUUUUGCAACACACGAUCUGCUUGAGGCUGACGAGGAGACCCUCGUGGAGGAAUCUUCUCUUGAUGACGAUCAAGAGCAAGACUGCGGGGCAUCUUGCUCUUUGUCAGCCCACGAGUCUGAGUGUGUGAACGACGAUGAAUCUCUGAAUGCCUUCAAAAAGACUACCUUUAAAAUACCAACUCCGUUGAUGGACGUCGGAGUAGAGGUUGUCGACCUUCACGACUAUGUUGCGAAGAUCAAGCGCGAGUUCAAGACACAACGGUUCGACGACAUCGACGCGCCACUGUUGUACAUACACAUUCAGAUCGGAGAGGCGACCUGCAGCGCUUUGAUCGAUUGCAGAGCUACUCGCAACUACAUGAGCCAAGACUUUAUGGUACGCGCUGGCCUUGGGCCACGCGUUCGAAGGAAGACGCAGCCCACGCAAGUCACGUUGGCCGACGCUCACACGCACAAGUCAAUCGACCGGUGCAUUGAUGCCGUCCCGAUGUACUUUGCCUCGCAUGCAAGCGAGGCUGUGUCCUUCGAUAUUUUGGACACCAAGUUCGACAUGAUCUUGGGCAUGUCAUGGCUGCGAAGCAAGGAUCACCCGGUGAACUUCUACCGCCGCACCGUUCACGUUCCCCCGCACGGAGUAGUACCGGAUCGACACAUCCGCCACGAGAUCAUCCUCGAAGCCGGGGCCGUACCUCCGCGUGGUUGCAUCUACCGCAUGAGCGAGGAAGAGGUAAGUGUGCUACGGGCACAACUCGACGACCUUCUCGAAAAAGGUUGGAUUCGGCCUAGCUCUUCGCCAUACAGUGCUCUCGUUCUCUUCGUCCGACAAAAGAACAAGGAUUUGCCGUUGUGCAUCGAUUAUCGCAAGCUCAACGAGCAAACCGUCAAGAACGCUGGCCAUCUUCCGCGCAUCGACGACCUCCUCUACCAGCUGGGCGGCGCCAAGUUUUUCUCCAAGCUUGAACUCAAAUUAGGAUAUCACCAACUCGCGAUCCGACAGGAGGACCGCUACAAGACCGCGUUUAAGACGCGAUAUGGGCAUUUCGAAUGGCUGGUUAUGCCUUUUGGCCUUACGAAUACCCUGACCACAUUCCAAGCGGCUAUGACAAUGGAGUUUCGACACAUGCUGGAUAGAUUCGUACUCAUCUACCUCGACGACAUCUUGGUGUACAGUCGUGGUUUGGACGAGCAUGUGGAGCACCUGCGCACCAUUUUGGAGCGGCUACGACAAGCCAAGUACAAAGCCAACCUCGACAAAUGCGAAUUCGCGCGGCAAGAGCUGGAGUACUUGGGACAUUAUGUGACGCCGCAAGGCAUCUGUCCGCUUGUGGACAAGAUCGAGGCCAUCCUCGUACUACGCCACGGCUCCCGAACUUGCACGCCUCUUACACACCGGCUGGAUUUCAGCGAUCGCGACACUCGCUUCAUGUUGGCAUUUUGGACUUCUCUCAUGCAGGAACGAACAGCCGACAUAGACGCUGCGUGCUCCCCCGCUUCCGUCCGGAAGUACAGGGAAUUGCUGGCUCAAGCCCGCGCGAACAUGCAAAAGGCUCAAGUCCGCAUGCAGCAACAAGCCAACAAACAUCGCGUGUCAUGUCCCAUCCGUGCUGGUGAUCUGGUGUGGGUCUCCGCAGAAGAGUUUGCACUCGAGCAAGAUUUUUAUCGCACACUGCUUCCCAAGUGGUUUGGACCAUGGCCCGUAACAUCAGUCGUGGGCGAGGAGCCCGAUGGCCCCUCGUUUGUGAUCAACAUCACCUCGCAUCUGACGGUCCAUCCAGUCUUUCACGCCUCAAAGCUGGCGAUAUAUACACCAGCCAAGAGUGACGACUUCCCGGGCCGAAGAUCGCAAGAUCCUCCAUCUAUGGAUGGUCAUCAGGAAGUUGACCGCGUCAUCACGGAUCGCAAGUACGGCAGCAAGCCUCGACAGUACAAGGUUACAUUCAAAGCAUGCGAUCCCGACGACACCCGAUGGAUUUCAGGAGCAGAUUUGAAAACAUCCGCACCGCUGAUCUACGCUCACUACGAGCGACAAAGGUUAGCUAAGGGAACGUCAGGACCUGCCCCUCCCGCCCGAACUGUGGUCCCUCUCUCCGACAGACAGCUUCGCCCUCGCAGUCGGUGGUAUUCUAGCACUCUGUUGCGUUGUCUUAUAUUGCGUGAUAGAGCCGCCAACCCAAGUCUGGAACAGCGGGAGUCAACUCCAAAGUUCGAUGGUCAAGAGAUCUUCUGCGAUUCGACGAAGACGGACCCGAUUCCGUGGUUCCACAACUUUGAACUCACGUUGCAGCUCCAUCUCGUCAGCGAAUACAAGCACCACACGUACUUAUACUCCCGGUCGGGAGGCGCAUGUCAAGCAUGGAUGUACAAUCUCUUGUCCAAGAACGGGGUGGUCGCUGCAGAGUUGCACACCAAGAUCAGUUGGGAUGAUCUAAAGGCAGCAUGGCAUAAGCGGUUCCAAGUAGAGCCGUCGGAGAUCAAGGCAAUGGACAAGCUAAUGGUCUUCGAACAAGGCACGCUGCCGAGAACCGACUGGAUUGUCGCGUACCAACGCUUGACAUCCGUCCCAGACAUUCAAAUGGGCUUCAAAGCCAUCCGCCACUAUUUUAUCUCGAGGUCGUGUCCGACAUUGAGCAAUACCUUCACUCGUGUCGAGGACACCCUGACGACAAUGGCGGAACUAUCUGACAAGGCCUCGCAGAAUAUUGUCACGAACAAGGAAGCGAAGAACCUGCGUUCGUCUGCGGCAGGCCCGAGCAAAGAUCAGCAUCGACCGAAAGUGGUCGUGGUCGUGGUGGCAACGACAUUUUACCAAACUACCGAGGCCGUGUUUGCCAAUGAAGGGGACAAACUCGCAGCCGCCCGGGAAGGUGGCCGCCCCGACAAAGGCCGAGGACGUGGCAAGGCGAAGACAAACACCGCAUCUAGCCCCGGGCCCGGCGCAGCAGCACCAGCCCCAUGGAAGGCAAACCCAACGGCGAUCAAGUUGGCGGAUGGAAAGACGCAGCAACUUCUCAACCUUUACAUCGAGGUCGUACCGGUGUACUUCGCACCUCAUGCAUGCGACUCGAUGACGUUCGACAUUUUGGACACAGACUUCGACAUUAUUUUGGGAAUGCCUUGGCUUGCAAGUGCGGAUCACACGGUCAACUUCCACCAGCGGACUCUUACCGUUCGGGACGCUUUCGACGCCGAAGUACCGUGUGCUAUUCCUCUUCCGCAUCCUUCGAUCCGGUGCCAAGUGGUGACGGCCAAAUCAUUCCGGGCGACUUGCGCUUACAAGCAACCCGAGGAAAUCGGCCUAUGUUUCCUACGGACCGUCGCAGUAGCCGACUCUUCACCUACGGACUUGUCUUCGAACCCCCGGGUAGUGCGGUUGCUGGACGAGUUCGUCGACAUCUUCGAGUCACCUACCGGUGUGGUGCCGGAUCGGCCGAUCUCUCACGAGAUCAUUCUUGAGGUCGGUGUCGUGCCGCCGAAAGGUUGCAUCUAUCGGAUGAGCAAGGAGGAGUUUGAGGUCCUCCAUGCACAACUCGACGAUUUGUUGGCCAAGGGCUGGAUCCGCCCCAGUAGUUCCCCAUAUGGAGCGCCAGUUCUCUUUGUACGGAAGAAGAACAAGGAUCUACGAUUGUGUAUCGACUACCGCAAGCUCAACGUGCAAACCAUCAAGAAUGCGGCGCCUCUUCCUCGCAUUGACGAUCUUCUUCAGCAAUUGGGCAGCGUGAAGUAUUUUUCUAAGUUGGAUUUGAAGUCGGGAUAUCAUCAAAUCUCGAUCUUGCUAACCUUGGAUUUGAAGUCGGGAUAUCAUCAAAUCUCGAUACGGCCGAACGAUCGCUACAAAUCCGCGUUCAAGACGCUGUACGGGCAUUUUGAGUGGGUGGUCAUGCCUUUUGGCCUCACCAACACCCCGACAACCUUUCAAGUGGCAAUGACCAACGAGUUCCAUGCAAAGUUGGACCAGUUCAUGUUGGUCUACUUAGACAAUAUUCUCUCCUAUAGCCGGACAUUGGAGGAUCGUCUUGGGCAUCUUCGACGAGUGUUGGAGACGCUCCGCCGCGCCAAGUACAAAGCCAACCUCGACAAGUGCGAAUUUGUCUUGCAAGAGUUGGAAUACUUGGGCCAUUUUCUCACACCGAAGGGCAUCAGUCCGCUAUCGGACAAGAUUCAAGCCAUCCAAGAGUGGUCGGAGCCACGGAACCUCACGGAUGUCUGCUCGUUCCUUGGCCUCGACGGCUACUACCAACAUUUCAUCAAGGGCUACUCGCAGAUCGCGGCCCACUUGACCAAACGUCAAUGCGAGGAUCGAUCGUUUGACUUCGGAGAGGAUGCACGGGAAACAUUUUUGGCUCUCCAAGGUUCGCUAUUAUCUGCGGAGGUCUUGCACAUAUACGACCCGCUUUUGCCUACGCGCGUCACUACGGAUGCGUCCGGCUAUGGCAUUCGUGUCGUCCUCGAGCAACACGAUGGCGUGGACUAGCACCUAGUCGAGUAUUUCAGCGAGAAAGUGUCGGUCGUGCCCUCCAUCGACGAUGCACGCAAGGAGUUCCUCGCCUUCGUCCACGCACUCAAGCGGUGGCGGCAUUUCCUCCUUGGUCGAAGCCAAUUCCUAUGGGUAACGGACAACAAUCCGUUGGUCUUUUAUAAGACCCAAGACACCGUCAAAAACACCAUCGCUCGAUGGAUGGCUUUCAUCGACCAGUUCGGCUUCUUUCCCGAUCACAUUCCAGGGAAGUCGAACCGUUUUACGGAUCCUCUUUCACAG